AUGCCCAGUCAAGGAGGGCGACUCUUUUCCUCUCUGAUGUGCUUGUACUUCCUGGGCAAGAACCAUCCUGAUACAUUGAGGGUGAUGAGCAAACUAGAAGGAACGCUCUGGCAACAAGGGCAAUACACUGCAGCUCUCGAUUUGCAAAGAACGGCUGUUGCUACCAUGAGGGUGCAAUUGACAACAGAGCAUCCCGAUACGCUUGAGGCAACCGACAACCUUGGCCGAACCGUCUCCAAGUUCUGGACACGCGACAGCAUUGAAGAGUCUCGUCAACUUCAUACCGAGGCAAUUGAAGGAAUGACCAAGAUACAUGGGGCUGAGCAUGCAAAGACUUGGCCGCCAAGGAAAGCUUAUGCAGGAUCCUAG